CAUCUGCAUCUGCAUCCGCAUCUGCAUCGUCGCUCGCUGUAUCAUGUCCCAGCUGACGCCAGCCACCGACACCAUGCGCCGCCCCUCCCUCGAUCUCGCAGAGCCCUCGCGCAACUUGGAAGAGUCCAAUGGCGCGCCCUCAGACGACUCCAUGGACACCGACGUCGAUCUCGCCAUGCCGCCACACGAUCACGAAGACGACGACGACCUCGACCUCGACCAGGACCCGAGAAUCUACACGCCUCCUCCCCGCAUAGCCGCUCGCUUCUACCGUCCCUCGGCCGCCCGCCGCAGGGACUCGGCUGCCUCGUCGCGCCGCAACUCUAUUUCCUCUGCGCAGUCCCGCUGCUCUUCCAUCCAGCCCCCCAUCCACCGCGACGGCGAGCAGAGCAAGCAUGUCGCCCAGCAUCUUCGACGCACCUCGUUCCUCGAGGACCGCAAGGCAAGGCUCGCCGAUCGAGCCGCCCAUGCCGAAAAGGUCCGCCUCCGUGCUGCCCUUGCCAAGGCGACUCACCGCGACACCUCUCUGUCCGAAGAGAGGGCCCUGGCCGCACAGCAGGCCAGAGAGCGCAACCUGGCCGAGAUUGUGGCCAGCUGUGCCGAAGAGGUCAAGAAGGCCAAGCAGGUCGCCGAGUUCAUGAAGGAGAAGCGUGAGCAGGAGCUCAUCAAGAUGCGGGCCCAGAUUGAGGAGAGAAUGGCCGAAGCUGAGAAGAGGAGGGAGGAACUUAGAGCCAAGAAUGCCACCAGGCGCCGCGGCCAGAGCGUCAUGGCGAGGAAGCCCAUGGAGGUCAUGCCCCAGGUCACUGAGCGGGAGACGCGCAAGCUGACCGAGGACGAGGCUGCCACACGUAUCCAAGGAUGGUGGCACGGGUGUCUUCGGAAGAAGACCAUCCAAGAGUUUACCAACCUGGGCUUGACUGUCGACGGCAUCAGAGACACCCACUUUGACACCGUUGUCGAGCUCCUGGCUCAGGAAAAGGUCCUGCUCAUUACUGCAAGGCUCCUCCGCACAUGCGGCCUACAUGAAGGUGACCCCGGCUCGGUUGGCGAAAUGGCCGCUGUCCGGACCUUUCUCAGUGCCUUUCUCAUCUUGGGCCACCCGAACCAAGUCCUCAUCAACAAGAAUGACGGCGACGAGGAGGUUGUCGACGCACUUUCCGUUCACCGACUACCCUCGACGGAUCUUGCCAAUCCUCAGCUACAGGACCUCGUUGGCAAAGCGCGGGAUGUCCUCAUCUCGUUUGAGAACAUCCUCGCCCGUCUGACGUCUGCAAACCGAUACACCAUGCCGCCAGCACUCAAAAAGACACUCCCCGAGGCAUACGCCACCUUCUACAACGCCUUUAUUGCGUGGAAGUCUCGAGACUCAAACGCCCUGAUUGAGGUCAUGCUGAUGCAGUUUGUCGAGUUGGACGCCAUUUUCCACACCGUCAAGGACACCACCGACGACGCUGCGGCUGCGCUCUACAAGCAGAGCAUCCAGGACAACCAGCUGAUGCUUAUCGUGCGCAUCAAGAAGCUGGCGGGCCCUGACAAGGGAAAGAAGCUGAUCUUCGAAGCCGUCGCCGAAGCCAGAAAGUCCCGCUCCACCAAGAAGCGCACUGGCGAUACGAAGCCUCGCGUGGCCGAGAGCGCACCCGGCGAGGCAUCAGAGACGGCAAAGAGCCUCGUCUCGCCCGACUCGCAGACGUUGACUCCGCCUCCCACCCCAGCCAGCAAGAGCCAGUCCAAGCCCCCUAUCAAGGCGGGUCUCAAUGGGUUGCUGCCGGACAAUCGGGUGGUGGUGCACGAGUUGGCCAUCAACAAGGAAUACCAGAUAACUUCUGAAGAAUACCAGGAGCAGCAGGCAGCGCUCUCCCAGCCCAUCUACAUGCAAAUGAGGGCUAGCAUGGCCAAUGUCAACGAUGGCGACAACGAGACCAACUUCCGCUUCUUCAUUCUGAUGGCAGGCAACAUCAAGGACAAGCUGCAGCGCCUCCUGAAACCCGGCAACUCGAUGUACAACCUCAUUGGGGAGAUUCUGGAUCCCGAGAUGGCCGAGCGACAGUUCACAGUUGGCAACUUUUCCUAUGAAAGGUUUUUCUCGGCCAUGGCAUCGUUGCUGCCCAAGCUGUGUGCUCCGUUCCGGGACGACGAAGUCAAGGACCUGGUGCAGAACAAGCUGGCAGAUGGCAACCUCAUUGACCGGGUCGAAGCACUGAAUGGCUUCAUCGAUGUCAUGCUCUGCGACUACAUCAACUACCUGAUGAGGAUUGCGGCUCCGCAGCUGAUUGAGUCCGCGGCCCAAUACGAGGCCAAGAGAUUUGCCCAGGAUGUUGAAAAGACCAACAUCGGCUUGGCGGCUGCAGAGUCGGCUUGGCGAUCGGCCCGCUCCAAGGUCAUGGCAGAAGUGCAGAGGCGGGACCCUGAAGGCAUCAGCCAUCCCAGGUCUCGACCCACUGCUGGGCGAUUCUACGCGCAGAUGCUCGUCGAUGUCUUUACCAGACUGUCACCUGCUCCCGAGGAGGAGAUUCCUGAAAUGCUGCGCCUGGAUCAAACUCGCAUCAACAAUGUAUCGACCAUGAUUCAGCGCAUCAUCACUGUUGGUGCGGUUCUGCUUCAGUGCAAGAACCUGCUGAAGCGUGAUGUCCGCUCCUCUUGGAAGACCGAGGCGUCCCGCAUCAUGACGGUUCUGGAAGCCGAACAUCCACUCAAGACCUCGGUUGAUGGCACUAUGGCUGCCCUAGAGUCGGGUAGAUCGAUGCCUACGGCGACCAAGUCUCAUCUUCGGGCCCUCGUGACCAAGGUCUUGACUGCCAGCCAGGAGAUGGCCCUCGAGGGAACUGAGCCCCGAGAGCCGGUUCUGCGACUUUUGCUCACUCGUCUUCGAGGCAAUAUUCUUGCUCGCCUGGCCCCUGGGUCGGCCAGCGAAAAGGUCAAGGCGGCCAACACUGCCGGCGAGAAGCUCGCCAGUCUCGGAUUGUCUGAGUUUGUGGACAAGGUCCGCCAGAUUUCCGAUCUGCUCGACAGGGUUGGCUCUGUCGACCGAGCAGCACACGGCCCCUGGUGGGAUGCAGUGUCCACUAAAGUGGAGCAGGACGAAAUGUCGACAUAGACACAAUCGACAGACGUACACGAAGAGGUUAUGUGAUGAGGAUAAUGGGAUAUGAGAGGAGGUCUGCUUUGAUUUAAGGAUUGGCUCGAUUUCCUGGAAGCGUUCGAGGCUUUCCUAGUUUGCAUGGCGUACUGGUUCUGGGGGGCAACUUGGCCCGGGGUUUUCUUGGGAUUGACAAGACGCGACGAGACGUCUGCUAUUGGGCAUUGCUGGCCGGGACUGGUCCCAUGCCUGGCUCAUGGGGCAAGACAUCAUGGUAGAUGGUAUUGCAUGGGUUUAUGGUUUUAGCGAUGUUUCUCUGAGGAGGAUUUUGCAUUAGAAUACAAGCGACGUGUGUCGAGUUUGAACUAAGCUGAGCAAUGUUUCUGAACUGUACGAUGUUUAAGUGAGUGUCUGUCGUCUGUCCUCUAUUAAUGUAUCUUGGGAUCUCAUUCUACCGGUCGAGACGAGCAUCUAA